GGAGCUUGAGUAGCCCUCCAGGGGCAGCGGAAGUAAGAACAGCAGCACUUUCACAUUCAGCCCACAUAGAACUGUCCUCCAGGUUUCUGGGAGCCCGGGGAUGUGUGACCUGCAUUGGGGCUGGAAGAAAAGGCCCUGUGAUGGGUUCUCUCUAAGGAGAAGGGGUUUCCACCAGAGAAGAGAAGGAAUAGGCGAGUUGUGAGUUCUGGACUGUGGCUGCUGCAGCACCUGGGCCUCUGGCGAGAUGCCUGGCAAGAGCUAGGCUGAUUGGUCCAAUCUUGUCGGCACUCCUCUCACCUGGGAGGCUCCUCUCGGAAAGCGAGAUGCCUGUCAACAGCACUGCCGUGUCCUUGGCCAACGUUACCUACAUCACCGCGGAGAUUCUCAUUGGGCUCUCUGCCAUAGUGGGCAACGUGCUGGUCAUCUGGGUGGUCAAACUGAACCCCAGCCUGCAGACCACCACCUUCUACUUCAUUGUCUCCCUAGCCCUGGCUGACAUCGCUGUCGGGGUGCUGGUCAUGCCUUUGGCCAUUGUCAUCAGCCUGGGCAUCACAAUCCACUUUUAUAGCUGCCUUCUCAUGACCUGCCUGCUGAUGAUCUUCACCCACGCCUCCAUUAUGUCCUUGGUAGCCAUUGCCGUGGACCGAUACCUGCGGGUCAAGCUCACGGUCAGAUACAGGCGGGUCACCACUCAAAGAAGAAUAUGGUUGGCACUGGGCCUUUGCUGGCUGGUGUCUUUCCUGGUAGGAUUGACUCCCAUGUUUGGCUGGAACAUGAAACUGAACUCAGAGUACCACAGAAAUCUCACCUUCCUUUCCUGCCAGUUCAUUUCUGUCAUGAGGAUGGACUACAUGGUCUAUUUCAGCUUCUUCACUUGGAUUUUAAUUCCACUGGUUGUCAUGUGUGCCAUCUACCUUGACAUCUUCUAUAUCAUCCGGAACAAACUCAAUCAGAACUUUUCCAGCUCCAAAGAGACAGGUGCAUUUUACGGACGGGAGUUCAAGACAGCCAAGUCUCUGUUUCUGGUUCUUUUCUUGUUUGCUUUGUCCUGGCUGCCUUUAUCCAUCAUCAAUUGUAUCAUCUACUUUGAUGGUGAAGUACCGCAAGUUGUGCUGUACUUGGGCAUCCUGCUGUCCCACGCUAACUCCAUGAUGAACCCUAUCGUCUAUGCUUAUAAAAUAAAGAAGUUCAAGGAAACCUAUCUCUUGAUCCUCAAAGCCUGUGUAAUCUGCCAGCCCUCUAAUUCCUUGGACCCAAGCAUUGAGCAGACUUCUGAGUAGCUAUUCAUGAAAGAUGGCUGACCGUCCCAUUGACCUUCAGAUUCAGCAUCAAAGAGCACUUGGGGGCCUAUCCACCUGGGCCAAGGGGUAUCUCAUGUCUUUGAUUCCUUCCACUGAUGUGGGAAGCAUUUGGCUGGCUGCCUUCAAUUGUACUACCCUCUUUCUCUUACUACUACCCUCUUUCUCUAGUUCAUUUUUUUCUUGUCCUUUUCUAAUUUAAUUGUCUGGGUGUCUGACUUGAGGACAGUGUUCUAGUGUUGCUACUGCCUGUGUUCCUCCUUCCCAAACAGAAGUCAGUGGAAUCGGAAGGAUGCCUCAUUGACUUACUGACGAAAGGAGCCCAAUUGGGCUGGACAGGUACACGAUGGUGACUCAGUUCCACUCCAUUAUGGAACUAAGCAGAGAACCCUACUCUCAGCAAAUGCCUGGAAGAUGGAUGGAAUGCAAGGAGUGAACUGAGUUAAAGGGGGACUCAACUUGCUGGAUUCGCCUGUAAAUAAAUGUAUUUGAGUAAAUAAAAGAUGAUAGCUAA